AUGUACUGGUUUCACUCAGUGAUACUCGGUAUAUAUGUAUUGUUAAUACCUCUCGCUUGCGCACUGAUUCCACCACAACCACGAUGGAGUCAUCGAACACAAUUAGUCAACAGAAAACUCUAUGUCCAUGGUGGAAGAAUAGGCGCAAGACCAAUUCCAAACACAACGGCUUCUGAUACGUCUCAACUGCUCAUUCUCGAUUUAUCCUCUCCAUUCAAUGCGACCGAGGCUCCGUGGACAAUUGGUCCAGACGGUCCACUGGUGGCAUCUCAUUCUCUCUCUGUAGGCGGUAGCAAUAACCAAAUACUUAUUGCAUUCGGUGGAGAGACUCCUUCCACAUCUCAGACAUCGCUGUUCACUUUCGAUACACAAAGUGACAGUUGGUUUCCCAAUCAAACACCCGACGUGGUAACUCGCAUGGAGCACUCGGCGGCUAGCAAAUUGAACGACUCUACAAUAUACAUAUUUGGAGGAAUUUCGACCGCCGUAUCCUCGCAAACGCAGUUUGACCAGCUGUACCUACUAAACACUAAAAACAUGAAUUGGUCUCUAGUCGGUGCUUCGCAGGCUUCUUCUCCAACUGGCAGAUUCCAUCACACCGCUACGAUGAUGAAAGACGGGAGAAUGUGGCUGAUCGGAGGAUUUGGCAAUGGACAGAUGAUAUCCAUGAACGAUCUUUAUGUAUUUGAUACAGUUAAAGGAGUGUGGAGUAAGACGACAGCAACAGGCGCUAUUCCCGCUCCUCGAAGAGCGCAUCAGGCUGUAGGAACUUCUUCAAACAAAAUAAUAAUCUUUGGUGGAUGUGAUCAAACAUUUAAUACAAUAUAUAACGACGUAUACGUCCUGGACGUUAACGCUGAGCCGCCAAUUUGGAGUAACCAAACAACCGGGGGGACCCUCCCUGCUGGAAGAUAUGCUCACUCUAUGACAUUGGCGGGGGACAACAUUAUCAUUGCAUUUGGGUAUUCUAUGAAGUUUGAGACAGAGCCUCCCCUCUUAAUAUUAGACGCUACAUCUUACACGUGGACGACGUCGUACACUCCCAAGAAUUUAGAUCCAACGCCUUCAGCUUCCGGACCUGGGUCUGCUGGAUCUAAUACUAACGGACCUAACGGAUCGGACGGGACGUCAUCUUCAAAGUCUGCUAUAAUAAUAGGAGCGUCAGUCGGAGGAGGCAUAGUACUAAUAACUGCGAUAGCUAUUCUGUAUUGUUGUUGGAAGAAACGCAAAUCGAAAUUCAUGUCUGCACCAUACGAUGAACAACCGUCAUCCACUCCUCCAUUAGUCGCAUCGCAGGCACGAUUACCGUCAGCAGUAGCCAUAGCAGAAAAACCGCCGCUGUCAUUACCUAAAGCUUAUAUAACAAGACCACCAAAUGCGAUGACAAAGAGUUUUCCUAGUAAUGCUUAUCACAAUUCCGACACAAAUAUAACGGAUGCAGCGCCAACAAUUCCAAUACGGAAACAAUCGCUUCAAUUUGUACCAUCUCCAAAUCGUGUGCAGUCGUUCGCAUCAUCAAGUAGUACACCAACAACACCAGUUCGUUUGAGUGUUAAUACGCUCUCUCCAUUUGCAAAAUACUCACCUGCCUCAUCUCAGGGCAGUGGGACUAGUACGCCAGCCACUAGCAGCACGAGCCCGAUACUCGAGCUUAGAAAUGAACAGUAUAUGAGUAGUGGAGUGGGUGGAAUGGGCGGAAUGGGUGGAAUGGGUGGAGUAGGUGGAGUGGGUAUGGAGACUAUACCUGAGAGACUAGGGAAUGAUGAAACUGGUCAUAUUGAGGUUGGAAAAUGGAAGUGGGUGAGAGAUGAAAGCAAGGAGAGUGAAUGA